CCGGCCCUCUAGGCAGUUCAAUUCGGCCCACUUGAUUAAUUUUAAAAAUAAAAUAAAAAAUACACAAAUACUUUAUGUUCAGAUCAUGGUAUUUUUUGCAAAGUUAUAUUUCAUUACAUAUGAAUUAAUAGUAAUAAAUAUCCAGUAUACUUGUACUUUGAAAACAGAGGGGGAAAACAUGGACUCAUUGUUAAUUAUAGUAAAUUAUGUUAUGUUUGUACUGGUACGGCCUACUUGACAUCUAAUUACGUUGUAUGCGGCCCGUGAACCAAAACGAGUUUGCCACCCCUGCUGUACACCACGGCCUUACAAUUGCCAUGAUAGCACCACCUAUAGUCGAAGAAAUACAACUAAAUACAGAAAAUUGAGGAUAAUACAAGAAUACUGCAGACGUUAUCUCCAAGGAAGGGUUCACAGGCGUCAAUUUGAGCAGCGCAGCUAAAAUGUGUCUUUCUGUGCUCGUUGAAAUUCAGUUCAUUUCCAUAGAUUAGCACGCUGUUCUUCACUGGUGACCUCAUAUGGUCACGGACUGAGGAACAGCACAGUGAAGACUUGUUUGGGUCAUGAUUUGGUUACGUAUAAAAUGUUCCUGUGUGACCGUCAUCGUGUGAGUGGCCAAUAACUCUGCAACUGCCCUUUAAAUAAAUUUACAUUUACAAUCCAGACAGAGAUCUGAAGAGUACUUCUCAGUGUAAUAACCAAGUGCUUACACAUAACACAGAGAAACGCACACACACAGUGCGGACACUCAGCUGUUACACUGACACAAUUCACUGUCCUCAGGUGAGCUUUGCCUUCAAUGACUUUUAAAAUUUAAGUGUUUGGGAAUUUCCUUUCUCCAUUUUUUUUCCUGUGCAUGGAUGCUUACCCUCUCGAUGUAUUUUCUUUUUCUUUUUUGUAUAAAGUCAUAGUCAGCACCAUUCUGGGGUUAUGGUUUCAUGUGGUUAAGGAACUCAGGCAUGGAAGUACCUUACCUGUUCGAACAUCUUAAUGGAUGUGGAAUUUUCCUGCACUACAUUCUUGCCGUGACCAAUUUAAACCUCACAUUUACUCUGGAUCUUUUACUUUGUCUUGCUCUUGACAUCAUCGCUCCUUUGUCAACCACGCAAUGCUGUACUUUGUUACCAUAGCAGCCAUUUAAAGGCACAGUUUGAUGUCAAUCAAGCUAAGACCAUAUAGGAAUUGGUGCCUUAAAAAAAACUAAUUUGACAGUAAUGGCUUGUUGUUGAGACAAAAAGAUGGUAUUUAAAGGCUAACAUUUUACCAGGUGCUGCAUUCUAAUAUGUGAGCUCCGGGCAUUUACAGUACAAAUUAUUUUUUUUACAUUCCUUUUUACUCUGCUAACUGAUACUGAGAAAAUUGUUUCAAAUAUCCUGACCAGAUCUCCAACACCCCUGCAGGAGGACAUGCAGUAACUCUUGUAAUUGACGGGCAGAGCGAGCCAAUGAGCCUCACACCAAACUCAGCUCUGGUCCCAGACAGAGACUGCUUACCACUGAAGAAAAGGGACCAGAGGUUGAGCCCCCUGUCGCAGCAGCAGCAGCAGCAGCAGCAGCAGUGUGAUGCUGAAACUUUCAAAACACCGUAUCCCCACAAGAGCCUCGGUGACUUUAGGGCACCACGUACAAGUCCAUUCCAGCCGGUGGCCAGGCGUGUUCCUGCUCUGUACCAGCCCUGGAUGCAGCUUCACCCAUCAAUCCGGUCCAAACCUCACCCACUGUCUGGGUUCAGGGAGCCUCAUAGCUGGACGGAGUGGAGAGGGUUCAACCAGUUGCCUUCUGGGUGGGACAUUUUUCAUCACUAUCAGCACAGCAGACACUUCCCUGUCACACCUGUAUUCCACCCUGACUCUCCACACCACACCUCCAUCAUCAGCCCUACCUCCUUUGUCCCCGAGGGUCUCAGUGUAAAUAACGGAUAUGACUGGGAGCAGCUCAAGUCGACCAGAGGCAAAGGAUCCUACAUGGACAGACAGACCAACGGUAGGAACAAAGGACCGUACACGAAGGCAAGAGAGAAGAAAGUGGAGUGUUUGUCUCGGUUUGAAAACUCUUUUCCAUCCUCGAUGAGCACUUGUCUACCUCGGUCUCUACAGAAUGACCAUCUUAGCAUGUUCCGCACAACGUCAGACUCGUCAAAUCCAGCUUCCAAACAUCCCCUCAAAAGAGUUUCCCCUGGGAGGAACUCAGAAACCGCAAAGGAAAGCAUCCUCAGGUCUGAGCUUCGGCCUUCUUCCAAAAACUCCUCAUCUUCGUCAUCUCCGUCCAAUCAUUUCCCCUGGCUAAUCCCUCACUUUGUGGCCGGCUCGCUCAUUGAACUCAGAGAUGGACGACUGAGACAAGUAGAGCAUCUUCAGACGGAGGACUUCCUGCUGGGUUCACUGGCCUGUCCAGAUCUGCGCCUGAGCUGCUGCACAGUUCAAAGAAUCAUUCCUCAUAUCUCCCCUUCCUCCUCCUCCUCCUCCUCCUCCUGCAUCUCACGCCUCCUCAUUCUGCUUCACGAGUUACAGACGCAGGAACUGGUGGACGUCUACGUGGAGUACCCGUUUUUUGUCCGUGGACAGGGCUGGUCCUCCUGCUGCCCUCAGAGAACUGCCCGUCUCUGUGGUCUGCAGUGCCGUCAGCUGAGUGUGGGGGACGUCUGCCUGGCCCUCACACCUGUCUCAGCAGCACCACCUCCGUUGUCAGUCACCCUGACGCCUAAAACCUCACCCAGUAAAUCGGAAGGAGGGCGUGAGGCCCUGCAGGCACCACAGCCACACGUUCUCCCAGAGCCACAGCAGCCAGCAGGGGGGGAGAAGGAGGUGGCAGAGGCAGCACGGAGAAGACACUGUUCUGCCCCUGAGCUGAGACACCUGGAAAUUCAUUGUAUGGAAUUAGAACAGUAACUCGGUCACUUUGUCUUAACUCUUCUAUGUGUUUGCUGUCUUUCUCUCUACCUCCUGAUCUGUGUGUCUGUGCUUCUAAAAUGUCAUGGAGAAGAAACAAAAAGAAAUAACAGAAGUGAGACAAAAUUAAAAACACGUUGUUUUGGAAACACCGGGUAAAAAGGGGCAUUUUGACUUUUCGCAAGAUAUUAGUCAGUGCUGUGGCUGGAAUCAGUCUGAGUCACCGACACUAUAGUUUCCACCGAACAUCUGCACUCUGUAAAAACACAAACACUAUGAAAUUAAUACAUAACAAAAAAAAAAGAAUAAUAAUAUACCACUAUGAGUGACCCCCCUCCACCCAUUUUCUAGGUUGGCAUGUGGGGUUUUUUGACCACUAUUUUGAGGGCAAUUAGGAAGAAAAAAAAUGUGAACCUGUGAACAUGUAGACAAUCAAUACAUUGAUACUAUCAGUGAACCAGUCCAGCUUCCACCUCUAAAGUGUCCCGGGGUAAAUGCACAAUGACAAUCAUUGUUUUUCUUUCUUUUCUUUUUCUUAAAGUAAAUCAGGAGAAUACAUUUUCACACCUCUACCUCUGUUUCUUCGUUGCAUUGACAAAUUUAAUGCUGUUUUCCAGGGGUGGGCGCUGUGGUGUAAAAUGCUUUGCUAUGAGAAUGCCUUUGUUUGUCGACUGAUGCAAAUUAAUAUAUAAUAAGGUGAAGUGAAAUAAAGUUAAUGUGCUGAUAUGUGUUGUACACGUGGACACGCUUUUUCUCCUUCAGCUCAAUCUGUUUUUAAUGUACUAUGACACAUUUAAUUUGUGUCCCCUUGAAAACCAAGCUAAUGAUGUGACAGGCAAGUUGAACUGUCAGGUGUCCUUGAUCGGGAAGCAUGUUUUUUAAGCCCUGUAAAAAAAUAGACAGACAUCUGUGUCGGUCAAAAAUGUUGUAAUUUCUCUCUGUCUGCACCAGCACGGCUACAACACAGAAACUCCACAUUCACAUCCACUGUCGAAGCUGACGACCUACUGGGAUGGAAUGCAAAGCCUGGUACACAUGCUUGGGCUGAUGGACUGACUGGGACGCUCAGUGUCCUAAUUUAAUUUAGGAUGUGAAAAAAAAAGAUGUCUUCAGCAUCGUGGAAAACAUGGAGGAAUUCUAUUUUGUGUCAAGUUACAGCCACUUUUCUCACUGUUAAAUAAAUAUAUUGUUGUGUAACUUGUGGUCUCGAGUACUGUACCUUCCUAUGUGUACUUUAUGGUACACAUAGGAAUACAGUUUAGAAAAGGGAUAUUUCUUCACUGAUUACUUAGAAUUUAUGUAAUGGGUAAUAUUACUUUCAUUAUCAUUAUCAAUUGAGCCUGAAUUUUUUAAAAUCCUGAAUUAAUGUAAUAAUAAUAUAAUAAUUCAUUGAAGUC